GCAAAGAUGGCGGCGGCCGCAGCCGUUUCCGGGUGCGGUGGAGCGCCGCGCGGGGCGGCGGGCAGGCUGCACUCCUGAGGCGGGCGGGUAACUGGGGAGAUGGCGGCGGCCGGCGGCUCGCCCAGCAUCGUCGAGUACUUCGGAGGAGAGGAUGGCUAUCGCUGCGGCUACUGCAAGAACGAGACCGGCAACCUCUCCCACGGUAUGUGGGCACAUUCAAUGACAGUUCAGGAUUACCAGGAUCUCAUAGACAGAGGAUGGCGAAGAAGUGGAAAAUACGUGUACAAACCUAUCAUGAAUCAAACGUGUUGUCCUCAAUACACAAUAAGAUGCCAGGCUUUGCGUUUUCAGCCAUCCAAAUCUCACAAGAAAGUUCUGAAGAAAAUGUUGAAAUUUAUUUCCAAAGGAGAUGUUUCAAAAGUAGUGAGUGAAGAGGAGCCUAUGGAUUCCCAUAUAGAGGAUGCGGUUGCAUGCGAUUUUGCAUACAAAAGUGAAUCUCAUGUCAGCCAGUCCGAACUGACUCUCCUGAGCGUGGAUCGCACAGAGGGGGUGGAGAGUGAAGAUAAAGACGCAGGAGAAACAAGAGAAGAGGUGAAUGUGCAGAAGGUGGAAUCGUGUUCUCUUCAGAUAUGUGCAGAUAAAGACACGCCAGUCCUUGGAGAACCAUCACGUUCGGCUAAAAUGGUUCAUUCACCACCUAAGCCAGGCAAAGGGGCUGAUCUGAGCAAGCCACCGUGUCGAAAAGCAAAGGACAUACGUAAGGAAAGAAAACUUCAGAAACUCCUUCAGAACCAGAUGUGCGCAUCUGAAGGCUCUCCACUUCAAGCAGAUCAACUUUUACUCUUGCAAAACUCUAAAUCUAAAGCAAACCAACCUAAAACCAUUGAAGACUUCGUUUUUGUCUCUUUACCCGAUGAUGCCCCACACAAAUUAGAGGUGAGGGUGGUGAGAUCAUCUCCACCAAGUUCACAGUUCAAAGCCACGUUUCAGGAGUCUUACGAGGUCUAUAAACGUUACCAGAUGGUUAUUCACAAGGACCCACCUGAUAAACCAACUAUAAAUCAGGUGAGGUUAGUACCUGCCUCCUUUGAGGACCCCCAGUUCAAAUCAUCCUUCAACCAGUCAGCCACUUUAUUUGCCAAGUAUCAGAUGGCUAUACACAAGGAUACACCUUCUGAAUGUGGCGAAACUGAGUUCACACGAUUCCUCUGUGAUUCUCCUCUGGAGGCAGAGAAUGCACCAACUGGACCAGAAUGUGGCUAUGGUUCUUUCCACCAGCAGUAUUGGCUGGACGGGAAGAUAAUUGCUGUUGGUGUAAUUGAUAUCCUGCCCUACUGCGUGUCCUCCGUCUAUCUGUACUAUGACCCAGACUAUUCUUUCUUAUCUUUGGGAGUCUACUCUGCAUUACGGGAAAUUGCUUUUACUAGGCAACUUCAUGAAAAAUCUCCUGACCUCUGUUUUUAUUAUAUGGGUUUCUACAUUCAUUCGUGCCCCAAAAUGAGAUACAAGAGUCAGUAUAGGCCCUCUGACUUGCUGUGUCCAGAGACAUACAUCUGGACACCUAUUGAGCAGUGUCUGCCCUUGCUCGAGCGCUCGAAAUACUGUCGAUUCAACCAGGACUUAGAAGCAGUUGAUGAAGGUCGUGUUACGGAACUGGGGAGAGUGAAAAUACUUCACAAGAGAACCAUGAUGUCUUACAGUGUGUAUAAGAAAAGAAGGAAGGGGCCAAGUGACGAAGCCAGCGUUCAGCAAUACGCAAGUUUGGUUGGACAGACCUGUUCAGAAAGAAUGCUGUUGUUCAGAAGUUGAAAAAUCCUUAAAUGGCAUUUCGAUGGCGCUACAUUUUAUUGCACUGCCACUGGAUGAUAUGUACUAUAGUUGUGUGUUGGUAUGCCUACUCAAAUAGCAGUAUGAAAUACAGGUAUAUAUCUAGGCUUCUGUGAAUACAUGGUACUGUGUUUAAAGGCCAACUCCAAAAAAACUUACCAUAUAGCAAGGCUUUAGCAAUAUAAGUUUAGAAAAACAUGCUUGCAGUAUAUUUUAAUUAAGUAAUUCUAGUCUUUCAAUGCAUUUUGAAUAAUUCUAAAUAUCUAAGCAAAAUGAAAAACAUGUCUUUUUUGCAGAGAGAAAGUUGACUAAAUCUAGAUUAACAAUAAUUAAAUUACAAAGGUUUUCAAAUAGCACCUUGGAUAUCUGUCAUUAAAAAUUGCCAUGAAAUUUAUGCUCGCAUUUGUAUGCUCCUGAACUCUUGCAAGGGAAUUGAAACGUACUGUUACUUUCUAAUGUGAAAUCUGGCAUGGUUUAAUUUUAUUUCAAUAGUAUAUUUAAAAACAGGAAGAAAUUCUUUUCACUGCACAUUCUUCAUUUGUCUAAAGCAGUAAGUUAGUGUCUAAGGUCCUAGUGAAUGUAGGAGUUCAUAGUAGCUUCUCAGUGGCAGGGGAUGCAGCGCUUUGGAAAACUUUCCCCUUUAGAGGUGAAACAGAACAGCUGCACUAUAAAUAUACCAAAGAUACGCAGCCGAGUGGCACAAUGUUUUUUUGGUAUAAGCCUUAUCCUUUGUCUAAAGAGAAUCAAUAUUUUAAUGCACAUCACUAAUGUGAAAUAGAGCUUGGAAGGUUUAUCCUGUAGCUCUUUGGUGCACAUUUCAGAACUAUGCUAAAAAAACCACAAGAGGUACCACUGCUGGGUUUUGUUACAAUUUUUUUUUCUGCAGAAUUGUAUGGGAAGGCUUAAAUAUCGUAUUCCUGCGUUUUUACUGACUGUUUUGUUUAUGGUGCAGCAGCUCACAGGUUAACAUCUUUAAUAACAUUUUACUAAAUACUUCUGUUGGAAACAGAGGAAGUUGUGAUGCUUUAUGAAAGCAUUUUAUUAUCUGAUAUAUGAAAGUUGUCAUUAGUAGCCCGUGUCCCUGUCAAGUCAUAGAAGUUAUAGGAAUUUGGGGAAAUAACACUGUUGUGUAAUUCAGUAAUGUAUUACAACACCGUAACAAUACCAGUACAUUUGUGUUUCUUAUCUUCUUGGAUAACAGGAGCUUGUAUUUACCUUGAAUCAACCUGAAGUUUCCUGUUAAACCUUUGAAGAAAGAUUCAUAUUCAAGAAUACGUGUAGGUGGUUUUCCCCAGAAAGGAGCCAAAUUCAGUUUUACUCUCUGAGGAUUACAUGUCCUAUCAUUCAUGGGCUUGAUUUAAUUUUAAACACUUGGCCAAUGUUGAUUUUUAUCUGGAAUAGACGCAAGAAUUUUGGGAUUCAACAGCAUUGGAGAUUUAACUUUUUUUUCCGUAUCUGUUUUAUCAUUGUAAUAUUACUGAUACAGAGUACAGCUUCAACAGUAAUUUUAAGAAGUAAUUUUCUGUUUUAUUAAUUGGGAUGUAUUGUAUUGAUCUACUCCCAGACUGCAACAAAAUUGAUUGUUUCUGUCAGCAUUACAUCUGGUAUGUGUUUAUCUGUUGCCUGGUUCCGAGAAGUUUCUGUAUACUGUACAACCUAGUUUGUCCAUGUAUUAUCUGAACCUAUGGCCAUGGGAGAACCGCUAAAUACAACUUCUGAACGUUAUUAUAAAGAGUUCCUUUCCGUGGAGAAAAUACUCUUGCCACUCAGUGAAAUGUCAAAUAGCGUAACAUUUUCUGCCUACACAAUGUGUCGAAAAGUAGUGAUGCCUAUAUGGCUUAAAACCAAAAUAAACGAUAAAACCUUUUUAUAUGAUAUAAAAUCAGUUAAUGGGCACAGAGGAAUUCCAAUAUGACUUGCAAAACCUUAAAGAUUGUCAAAACCGUUUAGUGAUGGCCUCGCUGUGCUCUUGGAGAAGUUAAAGUUUCUGUGAAGUUGCAAAGGAGCAGACUUGACGCCACCACUGAGAGUUCUUGAAAAGCUCCAUCUUUGUGCCCACUGUUUGUUCUUGACACGCCUUCUAGAUAGGUGUUAGACGUUUAUCUGAUGCUCUCUUUCUCUUGUGGAGCUUUUAAGGACUGCAGUUAAAGAAAAGAGAUAAGUAUAGAACUGAAAAUUGAGUACAUCUUGAAGUUGUCCUUAGUGUGACCACUAAAGGGAAAUGACCAUUUCCUGUGAAUUCUGAAACGGUGCUUUCACUUUCUGACCUCGACUGGAACUGCAGCACCACAGUAUGCUGGGCUCCUGACUCUUAUUGAACUCAAAUAUAUAUAUAUUUUUUUAAAAAGUCAACAUUGACAUUAAAUAAAAAAUUGAGUUCAUCUGAUGUAGUAUGCUGAGAUCUGACUCGCUUCUUCAGUGUUAUUUUAGAAGGAAAUUGGUGCAGUGUUUUUCAGGACUGAUACCUCUAUCCUUGUUUUAGAAGUGGAAUAGAGUCUGAUGAUGAAGUUCUGUAAAUUUUGCCAUUGACUUCAGUGGAGCUGAAUAUUCACCACUAUUAGAAUUUUAUUUAAUAAGAAGUUCAGUUUUAUUUAAUAAGAAGAUGUCAUUGAGAAUUAUUGAAUUUAGAGACAUUUAAUAUAGUACAAACUAUAAGAGUUUUUUUUAAUGUAGUUAGUUUGUAAGAGUUAAUCUCUAAGGUUGCCUUGUUCUAUCGUCUGUUGAUAAAUGAGCAUAAAAUGGUGGUAAGAAAAUGCAGAGCUGUGACCAGUGCUAAAAAGAUAGCAGUCUUUGUUUUAAUUGGAAAUAAAUGAGGAGCUUACUCAUUUCCAGCAUCAACACAUUUCAGUAAAUGCAAAAGAACCUGCAUGUUCAGUUUGUAAUUGCUUUUCAGCAGGCCUGUUUGACUUGUAAGUACAGAAAAUAAAGUUAUUUCUAGUUUCUGUGAAUUAUUAUAA